GGCUUCUGUGUGACGUCAGCACUGACGCCAUGCCAACCGACGUAUAAAGUCAACGUCAAACGAACGCAUCUAGAGAUUCUCGCACGUUACGUAAGCACGUUGUAAGGUGACGUCAUCGCCUGACCCGCUUGACUGCUGGGCAGAGAAGCCGAGGAGAAGGGCCGUUGACGGAAUUUAAACACCCACUGGACGUUGUAGAAGGACAUUGGAGGAGCAAAUUAUUUUUUAAAAAGAUUUGUUCCUGCACCCACUUGAACCUUCCUCAAAACCAUGUCCCAGGACAAGAGCGGCUACCCCGUCAUGGGGGAGACCAACCCACUCCACAACAAUGUCUACGGACCCACGCAGCCGGGUUUUGGCAUGCCCCCGCCCAACUACCACCAGGCCCCCGGAGGACCGUACCCGCCAGCCGGUGGCUACGGCCAGCCAGGGUUCCCCCAGGCAGGCUUUGGCCCUGCCCCGUACCCUCAGAUGCCGUACCCCCAGAUGCCCUACCCACAGCCCUACCCACAAGGUCCCUACCAGGGACCUGGGCAGCCUGGCUUCCCUGGAGACCCCUCUGUGCCUGGCGGCAGCGCUGGUUACCAUGGCGAUGUGCCUCCGACCUACUACGACAACGAGGACUUCACCAACUCAGGCUUUGAGGACAAGAGCAUCCGACAGGCCUUCAUCAGAAAAGUCUUCAUGGUUCUCACCGUGCAGCUACUGGUCACCUUCUCCUUCGUGGCCGUCUUCACCUUUGUGGAUGAGGCCAAGCUGUUUGUGCGGAAGAACCCAUGGACGUACUACAUCUCCUACGUGGUCUUCCUGGUCUCUCUCAUCGUGCUCAGCUGCUGCGGAGAUUUCCGCCGCAAGCACCCCUGGAACCUGGUGGCCCUGUCCAUUCUGACCCUGAGCCUGUCCUACAUGGUGGGCAUGAUUGCCAGCUUCUAUGACACCGACACCGUCAUCAUGGCUGUGGGGAUCACCGCCGUCGUUUGCUUCACCGUGGUCCUCUUCUCACUACAGAGCAAGUACGACUUCACUUCCUGUCAAGGCGUCCUGUUUGUUUGUCUGAUUGUGCUGCUGCUCUUCGGCAUCCUCUGCAUGUUCAUCCGCGAUAAGAUCCUGCACAUCGUCUACGCCUCGCUGGGGGCCCUCUUGUUCACCUGCUUCCUGGCUGUGGACACCCAGCUGCUGCUGGGCAACAAGAAGCUGUCCCUGAGUCCUGAGGAGUACAUUUUCGCCGCCCUCAACCUCUACACGGACAUCAUCAACAUUUUCCUCUACAUCUUGGCCAUUGUGGGACGCUCCCGUGAAUGAGGAGUUCAUGGAGAACACACCUUCCUCUUGUUGUCUUCUUACCUAAUUGAUGUCAGCUUUUUCCCCCUCAUUCUACCGUUUCAUGUGGCUGCGGUUGAGACAUGAUGUGUAUGUAGCUGGGCGGGAUGCGUCGUUGAUUGUUUGUCAGCCACGAUUUUAAUGGUCUCGCUUUUCUUCACUCGCUCACGUUUGCCAGUCCUCCACUUCUACUAACACGGUAUGGUGCCUUUGGUGGCCACGUCACCCGGCCUCCAGUUUGGCUGGGCAUCAAGCGUAUCUUAACCCGGUGGGUGUUCAGGCACAAAAGAAGGCGGAAGGUCAGCGGUGCUUGAUGCUGAGCUGCUUUGCUUGAAAAGACGAAAGCUAGAAAUCUCCUCCUACUUCAGAUGCAUCUUUCCCGCUCUCUAACUGCAUGCUGACCAUGAAAACACCACUAAUGACGAUUCUAUACGAUUAGCGAGUGAUGAAUAACUCUACGGCUGUAAAUAGUUCCGUGUAGACUAUACGCUAAAGCCAGUACCCCUCCCCUCUGCGUCGCCUGCAGUCAUUCCUCUCGUGUUGCUUUUGACAUGUAUGACAUGCAAGGCUUCAUUCCCCUUCUCUGUUGUCUUCUUCUUGCUCUAUCCUUGGCGUGAAGUGAAAGUUUGAGUACUGUAUUUAGUUUUUUCACGUUUCAAUGAAUGAUUAUUGAAGUAUUGGUAGCACCGCUCCUUAUUUUGUUGAAGUUUUUAAUUGAAUAUUAACGAAGUAGUCCAACGCUGGAAUCACACAUGCAAUGAAAAAUUGCACUAACUUAUUUAUUUAUUGAUCUUACAGCUGCUGUUAAUCUAAUAUUAAAAGAAUGAUGUUAUGUUUCUACAGUGACACUACUGCAGUCCCUAACAAGUACAUUUAUUUUUGUUUCCAUUCUUAUGAUCUUAUUUCCAAUUUGACCCUGUGCAUGGCCCUGUUUUGUUGCAUGUGCAUUGUUGGCACAUGGAGGACAGAUGAUGUUUGUAUUGAAGUAAAUGUGCAAAAAAGUGUACAUAGAACUGCAAGUUGGUUUGAUGUGCAUAGGAAAGGUACUUUUGGACUGCAAGUCUGUUUUGCUUUGUACAUAUGCAUUGAUUCAGAAAGGAAAUGCAAUCCUCCUCACUGCUGUUGGCUUCACAUUAAAACAUACAAUUUGAAAACGUGCAAAUGCCUUUUU